GCCGAGCUGCGCGAUUGCGCUGCUCCAAUUACAAAGAGUGAGGAGGGGGGGGCCAAACCCACAAAGUGUAUAAAAUCAAGUGUUUGGCGCGCAGGCGCCGGCAGUCAAAACUUACACUUGCUAGUUAACAGACACGGCUUGGCUUAAUUUAUAGCAAACCAACGCGCUUUUGUGGAAUAACUUGGCAUAUUCAAAUAUGAGGAAACAUUGCAUCACUCACCAUAAUUGUCUGGGAAUGUUGCUGGUGACGAGCUUGUUGCUGCUGCUGCAGCAAGUCAAUGCAGAGCAACAGGCAGAGGAUCACAGAAUUCAGCGACGCUUCAUGUGGCAGCAAAUGGACAACAGCGUGAUGGGCGGCCUCAUGGGUCGCAUGUUCAACGGAGCGCGUGCCAUGAAGUCCAUGUUCGGUGAUCUGCUGCCCAGCACUGCGGGCUAUGCCAAGAGCAUGAUGGACUUUCUGCCCACAGAGACAACGCGUGUCAAAUAUGUGAUCAGAGAUCCGCAUACGAACAAGCCCAUGAAGAUAAUCAAGAUGCGUGGCUCACAGAAGAAAAUAGUGAAGCUGAUUAGGCCGCUGCCCAAGCCGGCGGUAACAGAGCCCAGCAAGCUGCAGUAUGAGCAUCGCAUGCGGCAGCUGGAGAAGGAGCAGGAGCUAAUUGUGGAGGGCAAGGCGCCCAUGAGCAGCGACGAGGCAUUGAUGGAGAAGUACUUCAAGCAAAAGACGCGACAUGGCAAUGACAUUGUGAGUGGCAAAAUAAUGGAGUACCAAAGCUGGAAGCCCGUCUAUAAGGCAGGCGAGCAGCCCAGUUCGUUUGUCACAGUGCGUCCACAGGCAUUGACACAACUGCAUACGAGCAUAACCAGCUCCAGUCACGAGUCGCUGCCCAAGCCGGAGAAGCUGGUGGCGCACAAGCCGGAACUGGAGGAGGAUGAAGACGAUGACUUUGAGCAGGUGGAGGAUGGCGACAUGAACAAUGAGAACGAGCUGGGGCGGCCCAUGCAUCAAUACGAGGUAACCGAGCAUACGGGCGAGGCAAGCGGCGAGGUGCGCGCUCUGGCGCCGCUCGAAGGCGGCUUUGUGCCCUCCAAGCUGCAGUCAAGCAACCAACAUGCGCCACGCCCACGCACACGCAUUAUCAGCAGCAGCAGCAGCACCACCACCAGCAGUCCAAGCAGCAGCACCACUGAGGCGCCCAACUAUCCAGCAGCAUUUUUAAAAAAAUAUCGCGAGCAUGAGGCAACAGCGGCGCCCCCCAAGCACAGCAAAUCCCGCGUCAAGCCGCACAAGCUGCUGAGCAGCGAGAAUGGCAGUCCCUCCAUGAGCAGCCUGCGUGCGCGUCUGCAGGAGCAGCAGCGUCAGCAUAAGCAGCAGGUGCAGCAGGAGCGUGAUGCCGAAAUGGAGGCGGCACUGGAGGAUGCCAUGCAUGGCGACAAGUGGCCAACGGAGGUGCAGCUGGAGCAUAGCGGCAGCGCCGGCAGCAGCAGCAGCUACCUAACCAGCCCCAUCGGACCUAGUGCCGUCGCCUUUGAGCAGCCGCUGAAGCUGCCGCGCAAGGAGUACAAAAAGCCACAGCCAACAAAUGUGCGACAACGCGGAUCCAUUAAGUUUAGCAAUAAUCCCAACUAUGAUGAAGUGUAGUGCGUGGGUGGGUGGGUGGUUGGAGAGUGGGGAGUGCAGCGAUAACCAAAGCAUAGCCAAGUCUACAGUUAAGCCGUUUAUAAUUGCCUUAUUAUUAAGUUUAUUGUUUAGCUAAGUAA